AUGCUAGGUGUUUCUGGGCUAAUAGACAAUUCAGUCGAUGGCGCCGCAGCGGCAGCUGAAGCUCGUGAAAGUGGCGGUGCCAGUGGUGGUGGUGGUGGUGCAGUCGGUGGUUUGGAGACAAUUACAGGCGGAUUCAGUGAAGAAGAGAAGACAAGAAUUGAAGAAGGAGAGAGAAAUUCGGGAGGAAACCGGUGGCCUAGACAGGAAACAUUGGCUCUGCUGAAGAUAAGGUCUGAUAUGGACGUUGUGUUUCGCGACUCAAGUCUCAAAGGUCCCUUAUGGGAAGAAGUAUCCAGGAAAAUGAGUGAACUUGGUUAUCAUCGAAGUUCCAAGAAAUGCAAAGAAAAAUUCGAGAAUGUUUACAAGUACCACAGGAGGACCAAGGAAGGCCGAGCUUCAAAACCAGACGGCAAGACCUAUCGGUUCUUCGAUCAAUUAGAGGCCCUUGAAAACCAUCCUCCACAUCCAUUACCACCACCACCACCACGACCUCAAGCUCCAUUAAUGGCAGCCACAACAAUGACGGUUGCAAUGCCGGGAAGUUCAGAGCCUCCAAUUGUGUCACAACUCACUGUUCCAUCAACAAUCAACCCCAUACCAAUUUCUCAAAACUCUGUCACAUUAAAUGUAAACCCUAUAAGUUCUUCACUGCCACCGUCACAACCACCACCACAAAUGAACACAGCAACAAACGCUGCAAAUCUUUCUCACAGUGCUGCUAGUUUGAUGUUUUAUUCCACAUCUUCUUCGACUUCAUCCGAUGAACAGCCGGAAAGGAGGGGGAAGAGAAAGAGAGAAUGGAAGGACUUCUUCGAGAGGCUAAUGAAGGAGGUGAUCCAAAAGCAAGAGGAUUUGCAGAAGAAGUUCAUAGAAAUGUUGGAAAAACGUGAACGGGAUCGGAUGAUCAGAGAAGAAGCUUGGAGAGUUCAAGAAAUGGCGAGAAUGAAUAGGGAACACGAACUUCUAGUCCAAGAGAGAUCUUUAGCGGCGGCCAAAGAUGCAGCAGUUAUGGCAUUCUUGCAGAAAGUGACAGAACAACAAAACCCACAAAACCCAAAUGCUGUUCCUCAAUUUCAAAUGCAUAUACAAUUGCCAGAAAACACAUUGCCAACGCCACCACCUCCGCGGCCAUCAUUGCAACAAACGCCACCACCACCGCCACCAACGCAACAAUCGCCACUACCAGCGCCACCGCCACCAACGCAACAAACUUCACUGGCACUGGCCGUGAAAAAUGUGGACACUGUGAAAACUGAUAAUGGUGGUGAUAAUUUUACUCCAGCAAGCUCUUCUAGAUGGCCAAAAGCUGAGGUUGAAGCAUUGAUUAAGCUUCGAACCAAUCUUGAUCUUAGGUAUCAAGAAAACGGGCCAAAAGGACCGCUCUGGGAGGAGAUAUCUGCCGCGAUGCGUAAGGUUGGGUACAACAGAAACUCGAAAAGGUGCAAAGAGAAAUGGGAGAACAUCAACAAGUACUUCAAGAAAGUGAAAGAGAGCAAUAAAAAAAGACCUGAAGAUGCCAAGACAUGUCCAUAUUUUCACCAGCUUGAUGCUUUAUACAAAGAGAAAGCCAAGACUGAUGGUUCAUUCAAUCCAGGGUCAUUCUCUAUGAAUAAGCCAGAAAACCCGAUGGUUCCGAUAAUGGUUCAACCCGAACAGCAAUGGCCUCUUCCACAGCAAACCAACCAGCCUGAUUCGGUAAUGGAGGAUCAAAACAGCGAGAAUUUCGACCAGAACGAUCAUGAGGAUGAAGAAGGAGAGGACGAUGACGAGGAAGAAGAUGGAGGUGGGUAUGAGAUUGUAACAAACAGGCCAUCUUCAAUGGCCACCACAGUUGAGUGA